AUGAAAAAAUUGAUUAUAUCAGAUAGAUUGAUAUACCACACCAGCCUAACAGACCAGUCCACGAUUAAGAAAUUAGAAAUUGUACCUGGUACUCACCAUAUUGAGAAACUAGGAGAGAUCCCUCAUAGUGGAAAAAAUUCAACCUGCCAGACAAUCAGUGUAGAAGUGUCCCAGGACAUCAUCGAACCCAUUUGUGAAGAUCACGUGAUAUUAGUGCCGCAAAAAAAAUUAGCUCAGCACAAAAAAAAGCCUAUUGACAUAAAUAACUACUAUCAACAGAAAUGCCAUCAAGCAGGCAACAUAGUGAAGUUUGGAAUUCCAAACCCUACUCGCGAUGAACGACGUAAACUAUGUAAAGUGACAUAUGACAAUGAUCCACCUGCCUCUGAUAAGAAUAAUACUUAUGUCACAGAUGGAGAAAAUAAUAAUGACCAUGCCAUUCAGAAGAAUGAAAGUCAAUUAAAGGGAAAAGCCAAAAAAGUUGAUACCAAAAAAUGUAAACAAAAUGUUGAUGAUGAUUGUAAUUAUGUGGUACUUGCUGAAAUGAAAAAAAUAUCAUCAAUUGAUAAGUAUGCAGCUGAGAUAUCAGAUGAGGAUGAUGAUUUUGAUAAACUAAAUCAUCAAAACUGGUCAAAAACACGAUUGGUUGAUAAAAUAAGCAUCCUUAAAGAAGAAAACAAAAAGUUACGAUUAGAUAACUCCAGAUUAAGGGCCCUUCCAUUAGUAUCUGAAGAUCUACCAAAAAUUGCAAAAAUAUCAAAAAAAUUAUUGAUGGCCUUGAAAGGGCACACACUUCCCAAAAACCCAAAGCACUACCUAAUGUUGAAAAUAAAAUUUUUAAAAUUGUUGAACAAAUCCAUAUUCAGCCAAAGGAACUUAAACAAAAAAUUGAGCAUCUCCACACAAAAAAAAGAGCUGCAUUUGGAGAAAACCCAAAACAAUCUUCAGAAGGAGACCCCAAUUUGUUAUGAUAUGAUAUCUGAACUUUCCACUGCUGAAUCUGAUGGUUUUGUUAAGUUUGGAGGCUGCUUAAUAGAAAAAGAAAAGCUUAUGCGCCUGGAUAAAUCUAAAGGUACCACUUAUUUUACUACUUCCCUUAUGAAUAUUUUUUUUUCAAAAGAAGAGAUGGCAACAAAUAGUAUGACGGGCAAAAAAGUAAUUUUUCAAAAAAAAAAUGGAGAUGAUCGAAAAACUGCGACCAAGAAAGAACUGGUUUCCACCUGUCGAAAGGCUGUAAUAGGUAAUAAUUUGACCUCUCCACUUAAACUCAAAAAUACUUUUAAUUGCCCAAUGUGCGCUAAUUAUUCUACUAUUGUUUUUUAGAUUAUGUCCAGAAAGAAUUGAACAUUAAUUACUCAAAUCUGAUAAAAUUUGCUAUGAAAACAAAAUUAAAUAACGAAUCAAGUAGUUGGGCACGACGAGCUAAGCAGCUAAAUGAAAACAAAUAAUGAAGAUCUUCA